AAGAAAGACGGGUUGUUGCGAAUACAGAACAUGAAGAAACGAUGUGUGGAGAGAUUCUCGCCCGCUCCCCCACUUCCAAGGACAUGUCUGUCAGUGUCGGGGCUAGAAAGUGCUAGACAGUGUAGACAGUAGUACUAGACACAAGUCUUCAGCCUAAUCUCAUCUCUAGACUAGUUGUUGGUUAGUCCCGGAGUCGGGCAGUCUUUCGGGAUGACGAUGGACCCAAAGAAUCCACAACCCCUCCAAACAUUAUUCCCCCACGGAGACUUUCCCCGCAACCACCAGCCCGCCCCAAUACUACUCGCGGACCGAGCACAACUUCGGACUGGGAAAUCUCGACGAACCGCGACUGGCUGCCUGCUUUAUUGCGCAGGAAGGGCUGACAUAUUCAUUCUGGUAGGUCUAUAUGCCAUGAGAAGGUUAUAUGACCGCCGUGACGUGAAUGAUGCACUAUCUCUGUGGCUGCUUGCCUCGGUUGAUUGACUGGCGAGGAACAACACACACUCAUGCACACUC